GUUGUUCUUGUCGAACCGGGCCGAGGUCACUUGCGCGCGUCGUGACCAGAGAGCCUCGCGGAGUCGCGCCUCACUGAGACAGCCUCAACCUCGAAAUCGGCAUUUCCGAUAGGUAGGCCACUGCUUCGCACGAGCUGUUGCCUAGGUAGCAGAGCAUCUUCCCGGAGCCCUGCUACCUCCCCUCGCGCGCCCCAGUUCGAGUCCUUGCACAUAAUUGCGAAGCCGCCAACCUCGAUCGAGGACCAAGUCGAGCCACCCCACCUAGUGAGCUGUGACACUGUGACACACAAUGGAGGGGAAGAGGAAUACUGGCGAGCCCGAGGAUGCAAUGAUGCAACAGGGCUAUCCGUCCCCAUCGGUUGAUAAUGGAGAUGCCGGCCCAUACUAUCAUACCCAUUCGAUGAAGCAAGAUCUAGAUCAACAGCUGGUAUCAGAAGAGCAUCAUGACGGCCAAGAGCCGCAAGACCCUCAAGAUCAUGACACGCCUCAUCGUCACCAAUCCCGUCCGUCUGUCAGCGCAGAAGAACUUCAGCUCGCCGCACAGUUGACCCAAGGUCUCGCGCCUAUAAUGGCAGCCCAUAAUCAAGCCCAGGAGGGACAAAUGCAGGCACAAGAAGCAGACAUGCAUGGCCAGGAACCCGAUUACCAGGAGGCGUCUCAUUCCGACUCGAAUCUCCAGGAUCAGCUACAGAACCACUUGCAGAACAAUGAUAGCAACCUCCAGAACCACCUGCAGAACAAUGAUAACAACCUGCAGAACGUCAUGACACGAAUGGACCAAAGCCUCCAUUAUGCAUCUAUCCCUCCACCACCUUCACAUCUUCUCGACCAUAUGGGACAGCAGUAUCAGAUACCCGAGAGUAAUAUACCUCCCCGGAAGAGGUCGAAGGUGUCGCGAGCCUGUGACGAGUGCCGACGGAAGAAGAUCAAAUGUGAUGCUGUCUCGGAAGCCGCAGAGGAACCUUGUUCCAACUGUCGCCGCUCGGCCAGCCGAUGUCUUUUCAGUCGCAUCCCGCAGAAGAGGGGGCCUAGCAAGGGAUACAUCAAAGAGCUGGCCGACAGGAUCCACAGCAUCGAAGGGAAAUUGGGUGCUGGUGGAGAUGGACUUGACACCGUUUCGAGAGCUUCUGCCGAGGCUUUCUCGUCGCCGAUGCCCCUGGAUGAGAGCCGGAAGCGACCAUUCUCCAACAUUUCUGGCGACUCCUUCUCGACUCCAACCGCUUCUCGACAUGCUGCAUGGGGCGCAGACCCUCGGCCGAUCCAGCCCUACCAAUCGCCAGGCUUUCGAACAGUGUACCCAGCCAAUAAUAGCCUUGCGCCGCCUGAGGUUAUUGGUCCUAAGGGCGAUGAACCAAAGGUAGAUGAUGCUAUUGCAGAUGCGUCUCAGCUCGAGCAGGUACGCGGAAUUGAUGAAGGAGCCUUCGACGUUUACCUCGGGACUGUUGACCAGGCCUUCCCAGUGUUGGCAUCAGACAGACAUCGAGUGCAUGCUCUCCUCGCGUCGUGCCCUGUCCUCCUCCGAGAGGCAUUUUUGGAGGCCUUCUAUGCACUUGUCCAGCAACCUCGAGCGACGCCAACCGGACACGUUGGUGACAUUCGUACAGCUAAUCGCCUCUUAGCUGAUUGGGAAGGGGAGAGCAGGUCACGCACGACUGCAACUGAUCUCAUCCAUCUCCAAACCCUUGUUCUCAUGGCUAUCGAGGCUGACAGCCAUGGUCCUGCGUCGGUGAUGGGGCUUGAAGGCGGUCCGUCAAAGGCCUCCAUCCUCGGGCGAGCCAUUGGCCUUGCGUACUCCAUGGGUCUGCAUCAUGCCAAAGUAGACUCGGACCCUGAGUUAGAGCUAGACGUCGAUACCGACGACAAGGUGGCUGUGAGAGCUUGGUGGAUGCUUGUCAUUCUCGACCGCUGGAAUGCCAUAGGAACGGCGACUCCGACUAUGAUUUCAAACGACACUGUCGUUGUCCCCCCAGGACUGAGGCUCAUUGUGGGCGAAGGUGGAUACUCAUUGAUCCACUUGUCUAACUUCCUUGGCCACUUCGUUCCCAUGUCUCUCGCGCCUCCAAAGGAGCUGGGUUCUGGUGUAGGGCCGGUGAUUGGCUCUUGGAUGAACCUGGCAUUGGAGGGCUUCAGAGUGAACUUCCCCUCCAGCAUCACUCCCAGCAGCCACCCAUUGGUUCAUCUAGCGUACUGGCAUUGCCGCCUGCUUGCUUACCUCUUCUCCCCGGCCGCUCUGUCCACGGAUAUCCUGUCGGCAGCCACGGAAGUGGUCGGUUUGCUGACCGCACACCCCCAAUUUUCAAGCCCGCUGAAUCCUCAUUUCAAGAGCCUCACGGUGCUAUCGCUGCUAGAGCUCAGCAAGGUUGACAAAACCCGCGACGAAGCCAACAAGCUACUCAAGGAGAUGCUGGAGACGAGCAUCGCGCCAGGGCCUUGGGACGACGCGAUUCGCGAUAAGAUCGCAGACAAGCUCCGCCCGUCGACCAGCUCCGGCCUUGAUAGUCUGGGCCUGCAGCACCUUGCGGACCUCGCCACCGCGACGACCGAGAAGACGGAAGAGCCUGUGGUCGUCUACAGGACGACGGAUAACUACGAGAACGCCGGUUUUGAUCCCCGGCCGAUGCUGCAAGCCGGCUACCUCAACGCUUUCGCUCUUUCGGCGCCCUAAGCUGGCCAACUUGAACGAACCUUUGCAUGCAUCUUACAUGGCGUCCGACAAUUUUAGCUGCUUUCCUAAUAUUUGUUGUAACAUUGUUAUACGAUAACCGCGAAGUCUCAUGUACUAUAUUAUACCCCCGUUGGUCUUUGGAGGCAGAAUGGGUUGGAAGCCUUUUGGCUUGUGUGUUUGGC